AUGGUGCAGUUAAAACAAGUUUCGUUACGUUUGAAGUCGGUUAAGAAUAUACAAAAGAUUACAAAGACGAUGAAGAUGGUUUCAGCCAGCAAGUUUACAAAAGCGGAACGCGAACUAGCUUCUGCACGACCCUUUGGUUAUGGACCGCAAAAGUUCUAUGAGUCGAGUCGAUUAGUAGCCAAUGUAACCAAGGAAGAUGAUGAAAAAGCAAAUUCGGAGCCACCAGCUAAGGAUACUCCUGAAAUGGCUGAAGAUAAAGAAGACAAGAAAUUCAAAAGAAUAUACGUUGCUGUUACAUCUGAUAGAGGUCUCUGCGGUGGUGUACACACUGGCGUCGCAAGGCGAAUCCGGCGCAGCUUGACAACGCGCAGCGCAGACGCAGCAGCGCAUAAACUCGUCUGCAUUGGGGACAAAUCUCGAGUUAUGCUGAGAAGGGCGUUCAGCGAAAACAUGCUCGUUAACGUUAAAGAUAUUGGUCGAAUAGCUCCCGUGUUUAAAGAUGCUUCAAUAAUAUCAGCGGCCAUCAUGCAGUCAGGUUAUUUGUACGACGUUGGCGAGAUAUACUACAACAAAUACUUUAGCCCUGUCAAGUAUGAGCUGACUGUCAUGCCCUUUUUUACGAAGGACAAAAUAGAGUCGGCUCCAAACAUGUCUGCAUUUGACGACGUAGAAGAUGACCAACUCGAAUGCUACGCUGAGUGGACUUUUGCAGCGUUAUUAUUUUAUGCCCUGAAAGAAUCUGCGGCUUCGGAGCAAUCAGCGCGUAUGGCGGCCAUGGACAAUGCUACUAAGAACGCUGAAGACAUGAUAAGGAAGUUAACCUUGCUGUUCAAUAGAACGCGCCAGGCAGUUAUCACGCGAGAACUUAUUGAGAUUAUCUCUGGAGCUGCUGCUUUGUAG